AUGUCCCAAGACUCCAUUGUAGAAAAGGCACGAAUCUUGGCAGCGAAGGCCAACGAUCACAAGACGUUAGAGUCAGACAAGCUUACCAAUCUAAGGCUAGGGGUGCUGGCCGAACUCGACCAAUUAGAAAAGAAGGGCCGUCCAACAGUUGAAGAAUUAGUAUCGUCAUCAGAUGUGGAAACAAUGACUCAGUUACUUUGUACCAGAGCAGAACUGUUAAUGUCGCUGCAAGAGCCAGAGAAAACAAAGAAAGAUCUUCUUUGGUUGCAGGAUCUGGUCAAGUUGGCAGCCACAAAUCGUCAAAAACUCAAUUCCAUGUACAAACACGGAGAGGCACUCGUUGCUCAAAACAAGGGGGAAGAAGCUCAAGAAUUGGCUAUGAAAAUUGAUGAAUAUAAAGCAAAGAACAAUACAGUGCCAAUGCCGCAGCUGAGUUUCGACGUCUGUAUCAUGCUGGGGGAAGCUGAAGAAACGAUGGAAAAUUGGGAAGCUGCCAAGUUGGUCUACUCGGCAAUGUUACAGAAAUCGGAUGAGGGUCCUAUUAUGACCCCUCUCAACAACUUGAGAUGUUAG